UUAAUGACCGUCAUUAAUAGUAUAGCAAAAUUAUAGCGAAGAAACGCGCAUUUUACUGUAGACUAUAACGCGCGAUCGAUUAUAUUCGUUUAAUGUUUUCGGUAUCUUUGUGAUAACAAGAAAAAGGUUACACUCUCGCGUUGACGUGCAAUUCCCCGUUGCAUCGCGCUAGAUAGAAAAGUGCGUGCGCUUCAUCUCUCAAUACUCGCCUCAGAAAGCGAGAUCGAUUUCGAACAACGUGUUUCGGUGCAUUGACUUCGCCAGCGGCAACGACGUCCAGUACCAAAUGUGAGAUGCGGAGUUCGCCGGUUGCAUGCUCGGUCGCCUGAAAAAUCCCUGCGCAUUCCGCAUUAAGCACGAAAUAUAAAUACUCCGCUGAAACGCUGCCGCGUCUGAUCAACCAUUUGUCUCCACACAUUCGCGAUAAAUAAUCUACAUAUACUUGAGGUGCUAAACAGAAACCGCUGAAGUAUUGUCUGGACUUAUUUUACAUGCAGAAAAGUGUCGCACCGUCGUGCGUGGUGUCCCCAUGAAAUUUCCGCGAUUAUAGAUAUGCAACUGCUUUCGCUGAAUAUUUUCCUAUGCACCCUGGGCGGCAUAUGGCGGCCCGUCAAGUGGUCAUCAUGCUACGCUAAGCUACUGUACCACGCGUUCAGCUUCUACAUAAUAGUCUCGCAGUAUUUUUUCGUGCUGACCCAACUCAUAAAUCUCGUAAUCGUAUUUGGCGACAUGGAUGAAUUUCUUUUUAAUUUCCUAUCAUGUUUGACUCUCAUUGUCGUUUGUUUCAAAAGCACAAUUACAUUAAUACGUCAAGAUACGAUCAUCGACUUGAUGCAGACGUUGUCGCAGGAACCGUGCAAGCCCCGGGACGCGGCCGAGAUGGCGAUACAGACGAAAUUCGACGAGUUUAUUAGGUCAUGCACGAUAAAAUACGGGCUUAUGGCAACCGGCUCCAUCACGAGCGUCACCAUUAAAUCAGUGGUCGAAAUUAUGAAGGGUUUCCUGCCUUACAAAGCGUGGAUGCCGUACGAUUUGAGUUCAUUUGCGCCUUUCAUGAUCACGUCCAUUCAACAGAUGGUGACAUUGGUCUUAGCCACUGUCAUCAAUAUUGGCACGGAAACUCUGAUAUGCGGCAUGAUUUUGCAAACAUGCGCGCAAAUUGAGAUUUUCGAGGAACGUCUUAAAAAAUUGAUAAACAACAGAAGAGUCAGAUCAAUCAAUCAACAGAACAGCGGAAAUCGUGAAUGGUCCUCAACAGCUCCAACGAAUCACCAAGAAGAGAUAAUAUCCGCACACAUACGUCAUCAUCUUAUUAUUUACGAGUACGCAAAAACAGUAAACAAGGUGUUCAGGCAUGUACUCUUUGUUCAAUUCUUCAUAAGUUUAAUCAUCUUGUGUAUGAGUGUGUAUUACUUGUCGUAUUACAUUACGGAUGUAGAAGCUACGUCUAUGGUAGUAUACACUAUUUGCAUGUUUAUACAAAUUUAUAUUUUUUGCUGGGCUGGAAACGAGGUCAUACUUAAGAGUUCGAGUAUAGGAAACGCAGUGUAUCAGACAGAUUGGUGUAUGUUACCUACCAGCGAAAAGAAAGAUCUACUGAUGAUUAUGAAACGUAGUGCGUUUCCUAUCAAAUUUACCAGCAGUUUCCUGAUCAUUCUAUCUCUCGAGUCUUUCAGUGGCAUUCUCAAAACAUCGUAUUCGGCAUUCAGCGUAUUGCAACAAAAAAAAUACGGGAAGAAAUAUUUCGAAGAAAAACACGCUAUAGAUAUUCACGGUGGUACUUCUGUACGGCACGUAUAUGCUGUACAUCCUCGGUUAUUUUUUCAUUCCGCUAUUAGAGACAUGCGAUUGCUUUCAUUGAAUUUUUUCAUAUGCACUCUCGGCGGUAUAUGGCGGCCCGUCGAGUGGUCGUCGAGCUGCGCUCAUCUACUGUAUAACGCGUUCACCUUCUGCACGAUAGUUCCUUUGUACUUCUUGGUACUGACUCAAUUCAUGGAUCUCGUUCUCGUAGUCGAUAACAUGGACGAUUUCACUACUAAUUCCCUCAUGUUUCUAACCAUCGUAGCUGCUUGCUGUAAAGCUACGAUCGCGUUGAUACGUCGGGACGCAAUUAUCGAUCUGGUGCACACGUUGUUGCGGGAGCCGUGCAAGCCCCGGGGCGCCGAAGAGACAGCGAUACAGACGAAAUUCGACGAUUUUAUCAGGUCAUGGUCGAUCAGAUAUUCGCUGCUAGCGACGAGUUCCGCCACGGGAGUCACCAUUAAAUCAGUGCUAAACGUUAUGCAGGGUAUCUUGCCUCACAGAGCGUGGGUGCCGUACGACGUGAAUUUAUCUCUACCCUUCUGGAUCACGUCCAUUUUACAGAUCAUAUCCUUGAUCUUCACCACUAUCAUCGACGUCGGCACGGAGACUGUGAUCUUCGGCUUGUUCUUGCAAACGUGCGCGCAACUUGAAAUUUUCGAGAGACGUCUUUACAAACUGGUGAUCAACAAAACAGCAGCGAGAUUGUCCGGCGCACAUGAGAGAUGUUUCUUACCGAAUUACAAGGAAGAACUAAUAUCCUCGUAUAUACACCAUCAUCUCAGUAUUUACCAGUAUGCCAAAACGGUAAACCGAGUAUUCAACCAGAUACUCUUUGUACAAUUCUUCGUCAGUAUAUUGGUAUUGUGUACGAGUGUGUAUUACUUGUCGUCUCACAUUAUGGAAACCGAAGCUGCGACUAUGAUAAUAUAUACCUUUGGCAUGUUUGUACAAAUUUUUGUCUAUUGUUGGUCCGGAAACGAGGUCCUACUUAAGAGUUUGAGCACAGGAGACGCGGUGUAUCAUAUGGAUUGGCCUCUGUUAUCCAUCAACGAGAAAAGAGAUCUACUGAUGAUUAUGAAACGGAGCACAAUUCCUAUCAAAUUUACCAGCAGUUUCCUGGUAACUCUAUCUUUACAGUCAUACGGUAACGUUAAUCUCAUCUUUGUGAUUGAUGACAUGGACGAUUUCAUUAUGAAUUCUCUCAUAUGUACGACCAUCUUUGCUGUUUGUUGCAAAGCUACGAUCACAAUAAUACGUCGAGACGCGAUCAUCGACUUAGUGCAGAUUUUGUCGCGGAAGCCCUGCAAACCCCAGGAUGCGGACGAGAUGGCGAUACAGGCGAAAUUCGACAAGUUCAUCAGAUUGUGCACGUUAACAUACGCGAUUAUUGCGGCGAGUUCUUUCACGACCGUCCAUACCAGAGGGAUAUUAAAUAUGAUGAAAGGUAACUUGCCUCACAGAGCGUGGGUGCCAUACGAUUUGAGUGUUUUUCUGCCCUUUUUAAUCACGGGCAUUCAAGAAAUCGUAACUAUGUUUUUUGCUACUAUCAUCAACGUCGCCGCGGAGACUUUGAUCUUCGGCAUGUUUUUGCAAACGUGUGCGCAAAUUGAGAUUUUCGAGAGACGUCUUCACAAGUCGGUGAUCAACAAGACAGACAGAUUAAUCGACAAACAUAGCGAAUGUUUCCCAGAUACUUCGACGAGUCAUAAUGUAGAGAUAAUGUCUGAACAUAUACGUCAUCAUCUCAUUAUCUACAAGUAUGCCAAAAUGUUAAACAACGUGCUUAACCCGAUACUCUUCGUUCAAUUCUUCAUCAGUAUAUACAUCUUGUGUAUGAUUGUGUAUUACUUGUCGUCUCAUAUUAAGGAAUUCGAAUCUAUCUUUAUGGUAAUGUACGCCACGAGCAUGUUUUUACAAAUUUUUAUCUAUUGCUGGUCCGGAAACGAGGUAAUAUGUAAGAGUGCGAGAAUAGGAGACGCGGUGUAUCAGACGAACUGGUCUAUGUUGUCCAUCAGCGAUAAGAAAUGUCUACUGAUGAUUAUGAAACGUAGCACGAUUCCUAUUAAAUUUACCAGCAGUUUCUUGAUAACUUUGUCUCUCGAGGCAUACACUGGCAUUCUCAAAACAUCGUAUUCUGCAUUCAACGUAUUGCAACAGAGAUCUUGAGGCAAAAACAGUUGAGAAUAAUUCGAGAAUAUAAUCGAUGAUAAUAAUAUAAAUGACCUUGUAGUAUAUGUAAAAUAAUAGUGCACGUGUAAAUGUUAAAAUUUUCGCCUGUCAUUUAUUCAUCCCAACUUUGUUAUUCUUCACUCGAAUCAUGUCAUUAUAAUUGGUAGUAUUAUAUACAAGAGCGAACGCAGGACAGCCGCAGGAGCAUCUACUUACAAACUAUGAUUUUGACUAAAGAUGAAAAAAUCCAUUUAGUAAAAAUACUUUUUUCCAGUAACAAUUUAUGUACAGUUUUAGUGUAUAAUACGUACUGCGUGCGAGACAUAUUCUCUGUGUGUGUUCUACGGUUGAAACAUUUUGCUCCGGCAUUCGUUCUACUGGACAAAGAGAAGCGCACGUAUUCAUAACUUGGAAAACAUGUCUGGUUAUACUUCAGGAUAUCUGGGUAUUCCCGAC